AUGCCAAGAGCAAUCACGUUGUCCAAUACGCAAGGAGCCAACGACGGUCCGUCCGUUGGGCUGGAUAAUAUUACAACAGAGGAGCACGAAUUGAAGUUGGAAGAAGAGCUAGAUCGUACUCAAUCACCACCCCCUAGAUACCCUAUCUCAGAACCAUCGCAUUCUACGCCUUCUUCACCACGACCUCCACCCUUUUCUUCCCUCUAUACAUCAGCUGCCGAAGCUGUCGAGGCUUAUAAGGUUGCCGUUACUGAAGCAGGCGCAUCUUUAUCUAUAUCUACUGCAGCUCCGGAAUACGCUACCGUCGCGUCCAAUCGAGAUCCUCAAGCCCACGAAGCUUCUACUUCUUCAAGGGACGUCGAGGCAGAAACAAAAGCUGCAUUACCGCAGGACACUAAGGGCGAAUCCUCAAAGAAAGACGACGAAAACGAACCACCUCCUGCAUACUCGGAAGGUUCAAGUCCGCUCGACGGCUUUACAUAUCUGAUGGCGGCCGCUGGAGGAGCUGCGAGUAUUAUUACUCAAGUGCAGCAAGGUGCAGCACCUAUAAAUACUCUUGGAGAUGUCGGCGCAGAUGAGAACAUCACCAUGGACCUUCGGGGCACUCGGUUUACACUAUCUCGAGACGAACUCCUAACACUUCCCGAAUUCGUCCUCCUAUCACUUUUCCCUAACGGCUUACUACCUGAUGGUCAUUUGAGUACCUACCAUGAAGGAGAUGCCUUCCAGGUUGAUGUCCGUGAUGCUCCGUUAUUUAUUCGCAAUAUAUUGUCAAAUUUAGACAUGCAUAUAGCUGACACUUUCUCUCAGUACGAUCCUGCGUCCUUACAAUACAUGCUCGAAUUCUUUCGCAACGUAGCGCAAACGAUACCAUCGGGUUCGAAUUCACCAUCCACGGGACCUGAAGCAGAUACGAUACCAAUUGAGCCAAUGGCAGGAUCUGCUAGGGAGAUGUUACAGGAUAGAGCUGGCAUAAUUGUCUUGAGGGAAGAUUUAGAUUUCUAUGCGAUUCCUCCCAGACCUGAUAUCGACCAACCGGAAAUGAUAGAGGUGAAGAGAGCGGCUGGGAAGGCAUUAUUGAAACAGGAUGGUAUAUUUUCUGGCUUGAGAAGAAGUGAGGAAACCGGUACAACGGAACAACAUUUGAUUGAGAUGUUGACUGCUGGAGGUUUCAACCACGAUGAUCACUGGGGUCACCGAGCAGGAGAACCAAACAAGGCUGUCAUAUGCAGUCUCGCAUUGGCUCGCCUUCGAACUGAUAUCCGUGGCAACGAGAUGGGUAGUAAUGCUGUAGGAAUGGCUCAAAAGCUUCUGCUUUUCUGGAGAAAACCUGCGAGAAGAUGUUGGUGGGAGGGUGUAGAGUUGGAGAAUGUCGAAGGUGUGGAUGGGAAAUUGAAGGUGUGGAUUCGAAGAGUAUGGACGUUAGAGAUGAGUGUGAUCGGCUUGCGCUGA